UUUUGGUAGUCUUUGUAGUAAAUUUCGAUUUGUAAACACAAAUCUAUUUUGAUUCGUCUAUUUUGUGAGUUUUUCGGGGUGAAAAAGUGGGUAAAAUGGCUCAAAGUAUCCCUUUAGCCGUACAGUGAAUCUCAUUAGAGAUUUAGACCCGCGCCCUGGAAUAUAAAAGUGAAUUUUGUGGUGUAUCUGCAAUCCUCCUGGCCUGACUCUUGCUGAAAACAACAUUACCCAACUGAAAAUCAUCUGCAAUGGAUGAUGCAGAGAGAGUUAUUUGUGCAUCAGAGAUAAUUAAAGAUCGUCUGUAUUUCGUCACACUGAAAAAUAAUGUAAAGCCAAAAAAUACGGCAAAUACCCUCUACUUCUGUGUGGACGACACCUAUGUGUAUGAGAACUUUUUCUGGGACUUUGGUCCGCUCAAUAUUUGCCAUGUUUAUCAAUAUUGCCAGAUGCUGGAGGCGAAGUUGUAUUCAAAGUCGCUGGCACGCAAGAAAAUUGUUCACUACACUAAUUCAACACCACAGAAACGUCUCAAUGCCGCUUUCCUUGUCGGUGCCUACAUGAUUAUGUACCUAAAGAAAACACCAAAUGAGGCUUAUGAUAUACUAACGUCGGGAGAUAUUCCGGCCUAUAUCAAGUUUCGUGAUGCAUCAAAUAUGACACCAUUGUUUGAGAUAAGCCUAAUGGAUUGCCUGAAAGCCAUUGAAAAAGCCAAGAAGUACAACUUUGUGGAUUUUACUGAUUUCAAUGUUAUGGAGUAUGAAUACUACGAGCGCGUUGAAAAUGGUGAUCUCAAUUGGAUGUUGCCAGGAAAAUUUCUUGCCCUAUGUGGACCCCACCGUAUUGCUGGAAUUGUAAAGGGAUAUCCACAACAUUCACCGGAAUCAUACUUUGAUUACUUUCGACGGAACAACGUGCAAAAUAUAAUUCGUCUCAAUUGCAAGUCCUACGACGCAAAACAAUUCACCGAGGCGGGUUUUAAGCACAUUGAUAUGUUUUUCCCAGAUGGGAGCUGCCCCAAUGAUGCAAUCAUGAAGCAAUUUCUGCAGUACUGCGAAACAACACCGCACGCUGUGGCGGUACACUGCAAGGCUGGUCUGGGUCGCACCGGAAGUCUCAUUGGGGCAUACAUUAUGAAGCACUAUAGAUUUAGUGCAUUGGAAGCAAUUGCAUGGUUGCGAUUAUGUCGCCCGGGAUCUGUUAUAGGGCACCAGCAGCGCUGGAUGGAGGAGAAGGAGAGCUUCCUGUGGCAGGAGGGCGAUAAGUAUCGCAGCAAUAAGAAUAUUGAGAAUCCCGUUCCGCAUGAAUUUGGCAUCUAUAGCUUCCGUCAGUUGCUCCUCAAGGAUCGUCUUGGGACAAUAUCCCACCAAGUGGACAAUAUUAAUUUGAAUGACAAUGAGACAAUAGAGUCGGACUUCAAUGAUAACAAGACCAGCAGUAGUGGCAAAGCUAACAAUGAGAAUGCAAUAUUUACAUCAAAGACGAUAGAUUCACUGAGAUCUUCUAAAACUCUACCGAUGAGUGGGAAAACUCAAGGUGAUCACCUCAAUGAGAUUAAGGCAUCAAGAAGACGUCACUCGCGCUCUGUUAAUAUUGAUCAUGGCAGAAAUCAAUCGUAUGGCAUUCACACGAGGGCAAAGUCACAGCCUUUUCAGAACAAAACCAUGCACACAAACAUUGUGGCGCAACGGAAGAAUGCUGCAAAUGAGGUGAAUGGCAACAAGAGGGGUACACACCUUGCCAAGAGCACAUAUUUGCUCCGAAGCUAUACUAAUCCCAACAAUCCUCCUUUGCACACUCCACUAGACGGGGAUGUUUAAUAUCCUGCACGUCAACACCCUAAAACUAUUUUAUUUUGUGAGGUUUUUAUUAUUUUUUUAUUUGGUAUUUUAUCAGUUUUUUUUAACCCAGUAAUACGUAGAAUGUAAAAUGUGUUUUGUAAGAUCCUCAUCCUUGGUUGCAUUAACAUGAUUCCUUUGCGUGCUUUUUGCAUGCUUGUGUAGCAUUUAUUCUUCUCUAAAUUCUAUGAAAAAUUCUUCAUGGAUAACCUGGAUUUUUUCUAGUUUGACUUAAAAAAACUUCUUAUAUUUUUUUUUGUUAAGGAAUUUUACAUAAAGAGUCUAUAAAAAAAGUCUAUGUAGAAGGGAACAGUGGGUGUUUAUGACAGUCACGUAGCCUGGUAGGAUGUUUAGUAGAUUUUGAAUAACCUUAAAAAUUAAAGCAUGGUCAGAUUUUCACUAAAACUUUUCUGAAAUUAUUUUCAAACUAAAAUUCUUUCAAACAUUAAAAAAGAAGAAAAAACAUUAGAAAAUAAACUUCAAUCGUUCAAAUUAAUGUUAAAAGUUAGGAAAAAAUCCUGCGCUUUAAAAAGCGCACGAAACAUUCAUAAAAGACAAAAUUUAAAAACCAUAAAGAUUCAAUCGGAGAAAAGAAUAAUUAAACGUUAGAAACAAUGCGCCAUAUGUUAUAAAAAUUACGUCACGUUAAAAAUUGCGUCAAACGUUAGAAAAUGACUGUCAAGAAUUACAAAAAAUCUUAUCUAGGAAAAUAUUCAUUAAACGUUAGAAAAAAUCGUUAAACGCGUUUGCAAAAGAACGUCAAUGUUAGUAUUGCAAAAGAAUGUUAAAAAGAGUCAAUUCAAACGCUAAAGCAAUUUUGAUGAUCUUCAAUAAUUUUUUUUAUUAAUCUAGACUACUUAGAACUUUUUCUUUAUCAGAUAUUAGGCUCCAUAGUCGAUUGUAAUAUACAUACAUAUAACCCAGUGUACUACUUAUUAUAUAUUUCCUGUGAAAAAAGAACUUUUUGUGGCGCUCAUAAAAAAAAUUAAACGGGUUCUAUCCAAUUCAAAGGGAUUUUUGCAUUUUUUCCACGGAACUUUUAUCUGCAAAAUUACAUAGAAUUAUAUAACAAAAAAAGUUCUAUUCUUUGUAUCUCUCCACAUUACCCACAUUUAUAUAAUGAUUUACUUUGUAGAAUGCUUCUGACAACAUUGUGUGCAUGAUGUAAGAAAAUUUGCAUAAUUGCAUGCUCUAAUACUGCAACAUUAAUCAUUUUUUUGUGUGCUGCCUUCUUGCACUUUAACAUGAAAUUUUUUGGGGUGAAUUUGCAAUUAAAAUCACCCUGCUUAUUUCCUCUCUGUGUAUUUGUGCUUUAUUUUUUUUUUCAAACUAUAAAUUGCAUUUUAUCAUGAAAAGAUAAUGUUGUGCUAAUAAAGUGUUUUGUGUUUUGUGAUUUAUGCGAAGAAAAAAAGUGCCAUUCUGGAAUCUAAAGAAGAACAAUUAAAAGAAAAAGUCACUGUUUUUGUUCUUUCUCUCUUUUAUCUGUCUGUUGCCUUCACAUCUUCAUUGCAACUGUGUCCAACAGUGGAAUUGAAUCUGGCGCAGUGGAUAAAUUCAUUGCUAAAACAAAAUCAUUAUCUAACACACAAUCAUCAAAUGUAACCACGCCACCGCAGAAUUUGGCCAAUAACAUCUUACGUCGCACGCGGUUACUAAAAAUAAUCACUGACAAGAGUGCCACGACCACCACCGCAAAGACGGCAUCAGCAGCAUCCACGGGGAAUGCCCAGGAUGUGCGGGAUGUUAAUGACAAUGGUCCCGUGGCGGGGAGAAUUGUGACGCCCACGAAGCGAAAUAAGAGGAGUACGUUGGAGCCGGUGGAGAAUACGGGUGCACCCAAAGUGUCCAGGAAGAAUGCAGUUGCAAAUUUGCAGAAACUCUCGGCGGCAAAGCGAAAGGAGGAGGCUACGCAGUCGGCAGCACAGAGUGCGACAAGAGGUGAGGGAAAGAGUGAGACCGGGAGGAGUGUGGCCAUCAAGAAGAUAGUACAAGUGACCAUUACGAGCACCCCACGAACGUAUCCAGGACCGCAGAGUCGCAAAUUUUAAAUCAUCUCCUCUCGUAGAAGUCGUCGCUAGAAGAUGUUUAUUCGUAGUUGGUACUCAAACUUGCAAGUACAAAAGAAAAAAAAACAAGUCUCUCUCUAUGCCCUCUUUCUCAACGGAGUCAGGAAACAUAUCAAACACACGGACCCUAUAAAUCAUACUUCACAUCACUAUCGGUUUCCAUGAACUCUCUCAUCUCUUCGCAAUGCCCUCCUCUUGCGUGGAUCGGAUCCACCAUCUCCAACCAGGUUAAAAUCCUCGUUUAUUUCGUUCUUCAUGGGACCAAGUUUACGUUCAAAUCUUUCCAUUUUGCAUGACUCCAAAAAAUGUACAAUCGCAGUGGCAAUUUUUUAUGAAUAAUUUUUAUUUUAUCAUAAUUAUAUAUUUUUUUUAUUUACUUUAAGUACAAUUACACAAAGUAUCUAACUUUUCUAAAAAAAAAAGAAGAAAAAGUUCAUUUUAUACAAAACGAUUUUUCGUACAUUUUUUUGUGUGUUUGUGGAUCUCAUGGAGAUUUAAAUUGUGUCAUAAUAAUUUAUUUAAUCAUGAUUAGGUGUAUAAGAAUAAUUUUACUACUUAUUUGUGUCGUUUGAACAAAUUAAAAAAAAAAUACUUCUAAUUAAGAAAAGAAAUAAUACUAAUUGAAAAGAAAAUUAAGGUGAGGAUUUUACUAUAUAAAUAGGAAAAGAUUGUAUUAUGGUAGCAAUUAAUACAAAAGAAAAAACAAAAAAAUUACAAUGUAACAGAAGAUUAACUCAUGUGAUUUUUUUACGCAAUAGAUCAAGAGAUAUCAAGCAUAGUGACAGUAUAUGCAUAAAAAAUUCACUUUUUUAUUAACUCAUAUUAAGAUUAGAAACACACCAGCUAAUAGAUAUUGCAACACACAGUAUAAAUAAUUAAUUUUCUCAUUUUUUUUUCAAGUAAUGGAAAUUUAUAAUUUAAAAAAAUGCAUUGUGCUUCUCAUCCUCUUUUUUUGUUUUAUUUUCGCGCACCUGUUUGUCUCUCUCACGUAAAUGCAGUAAAUGUAAAGCUACUAAUAAAACAAAGUAUAUAAGUAUUCGUGUGUGAAAAUCUAUACAUUUAAUUCAUAAAAAAAGCACUCUUAAAAAAAAUUAUAAAAAAAACAAACAGAAUCAAUAGCAAUGUAAUUAGGCAGACAUUAGAAUUAGAACAAGAAAAAAAAGAGAAAAAUGUGUAAUUUUAAAUGAUUGAGAAAAUUUAUAAUUUUAUUAUGUAUUAAGUGUUGAAUCUAUAAUAUAAAUUUUAUUACUUCACUUUA